AUAGGAGAAGGGAGAGCGCGGCUUGACUCCACCCCUUGCAUUCGGGCGUGACCCAGUUAGUUCCAGGGCGCCUGCUGGUGCUGCUAGUCUGUUUGCUCUUCUUCCAAGACCUCAGGACACCGACAAAGUUCUCUGGCAGGAGGCGUUACGUAGGCAGGAAACUGAAGUCGAGUCGCUUCGGUUUCUUAUCUCUUAGCUGCUCGCCCUUUGGUUCGGCUUGAUUUUGUUUCCUCGCUGCUCUCUCCUGUCAUAAGUGUUCUCCUGCUUUGACUUGACUCAGUUAUUUUUUUUUUCUUGUUCUCACACAUCCCUUACGCCGUAGUGGACUUAAACCAAAGAAGAGCCGAAAAUGGGACUGCACCCUUUGGAGUUUAGUGAUUGCUAUCUGGAUAGCCCUAAGUUCCGGGAAAGAAUCCGCGCUCACGAACUGGAACUGGAAAAGACCAACAGGUUUAUCAAGGAGCUCCAGAAAGAUGGAAAAAACCUCUUCGCUGCCACCAAGAAUAUCAUCGCAGCUCAACGCAAGUUUGCCCAGACUCUGUCCGACUUUAAAUUUGAGUACAUUGGAGAUGCCAAGACUGACGACGAGAAGUGCAUCGACGAAUCUCUUCAUGAAUUUUCUGUCUUCCUCAAAAACCUUGAGGACCAAAGAGAAAUUAUGAUGAUCAACAUCAAUGAAACACUUCUAAAGCCUCUGGAGAAAUUUCGAAAGGAGCAGCUGGGAGCAGCCAAGGAAGAAAGGAAGAAAUACGAGAAGGAAACAGAGAAGUACUGCACAGCCUUGGACAAGCUUCUCAAUUUGUCAGCCAAGAAGAAGGACCAACAGCUCCAGGAGGCAGACGUCCAGGUGGAGCAGAUGAAGCAGCAUUUUCACGAGGAGUCCCUGGAGUACAUCUACAAACUGCAAGAGAUCCAGGAAAGAAAGAAGUUUGAAUGUGUGGAGCCUAUGGUGGCAUUUUUCCAGGGUGUCUUCACCUUCUACCAUCAGGGCUAUGAACUGGCGAAUGAUUUCAACCAUUACAAAACCGAACUGCAGAUCAACAUCCAGAACACACGAAAUCGCUUUGAAGGCACCCGAUCUGAAGUGAUUGAGCUGAAGAAUAAAGUCAAACAGAAUCCGCAAGAACACCUGCAGACAAGCCGUCUUUGCACCGAGGGCUAUUUGUAUGUGCAGGAGAAAAGGCCUCCACCAUUUGGCUCCAGCUGGGUUAAGAAGUACUGCACUUACAUGAAAGAGCAGAAAAUCUUCAACAUGUUUUCCUUUGACCCUCGAUCUGGUGGGAAGAUGGGUGAGCCGGAGUCUGUCAUCUUGAAAUCCUGUACUAAAAAGCCCAUGGACUCCAUUGACAGGAGGUUUUGCUUGGAGAUCGAAGUCACAGACCGACAAGGACUCGUCAUCACUGUCCAGGCUUUGUCUGAAGAAGACCGAAAGCAGUGGAUGGAGGCGAUGGGUGGCAAGGAGUCUGUGAGCACCCUUUGCCGAACCUAUGCAAAAAGAGAAGGAAUUGAGGCCCACCUGAAUGAAGUCGGCUUUUCACUCGUGAGGAACUGCAUCCGUGCUGUCGAGUCAAGAGGGAUUAAGGAUCAGGGGCUGUACAGAGUUGUUGGUGUCAGCUCCCGGGUUCAAAAACUACUGAACAUUUUAAUUGAUGAGAAGAGCUACACAGAGGUGGAUCUUUCAGCCUCAGAAGAUUGGGAAAUUAAGACCGUGACCAGCGCUCUGAAGCAGUACUUGCGGAGCCUCCCUGAGCCACUGAUGACGUACGGUUUAUACAAAGAAUUCAUCGUCCCUGCCAAAUGCGGAACUCCUGAGUCCAGAGUGCACGCCAUCCAUUAUUUGGUGCAUAAACUUCCAGAAGAAAACCGGGAGAUGCUGGAUAUGCUAAUACGACACCUGGCCAAAGUUUCAGAAAACUGCAAAGAGAAUUUAAUGACCGUUGCAAACUUAGGUGUCGUGUUUGGGCCGACCUUAAUGAGAUCUGAGGAAGAGACAGUGGCAGCAAUCAUGGACCUCAAGUUCCAGAACAUUGUGGUAGAAAUUCUAAUAGAAAAUUAUGAGACGAUUUUCAAGACGGUUCCCAAUAGCUCCUGCACAGCAGCCCUCUCCUCCUCACCUUCUGCUCCUCCCCGGCUCUCGAGGAGGCAGAGUCAGCGCCAGAACAGACCCUUGGCUGUGUAUAACCCACAAAUGGAGCUUCAACCAGCUGAAUGCCCAAAUUCUGUGAGAGAAGACACUCUAGUGGACAGCACCGAGUCCGUGUCCUCACAUUCUUCUAAUGCCACAACAUCCUCUGCAUCUGGCAGCCCACCAGAGAAGGCGAAGAACCGUCGGCGCUCCAGUGGUGGGGAGUUCUUCGAUUUGGACAGUCACUCCUUCAUUUCCUGGCUGAAUAUCCCGUCACCAACCUCACCUGCCUCUCCGAAUGAGAACUUCCUGUUUAUGUCAACUAACAUCCAAGAUGACAAGUCAAGUCAAAGGGACGUCUGCCGGAGAGCGCGAGCGAAGUUUUCUUGUGAGGCUGGACAUAGCUCUGAGCUGUCAUUCCAAGUGGGAGCCAUAUUUGAAGACGUCGUGACUUCGAAGGAGCCGGGCUGGCUGGAAGGAAGUCUUAAUGGAAAGAGAGGCCUCAUCCCCGAGAACUACGUGGAGUUCCUAUAGCUGGCAGACUUGAGCCUGUCUAUUAUACAUGGUAUCCAUGAUGUACAGUAUGGCCGCAUUUGUUCAUUUUCUCUGUUUGCCCCUUUCUGUAUAUAUUGUAUAAGGUGCCAACCUCAGGAAUCACACCUCACCAGAUACAUGAGAGAGGAGAGAAUCGGCAUAGUGGAUGUACAGGACAGACGGAUAAAGUGAGGGUACAGUGCAUGGUAUGGUGUAUUAUGGGGUACACAGUAUACAGUAUGCACCAUAUAGUCUAUCACCCACCGCAUGUCCUCACAGUAUACACCGUACUGUAGCUGGUGGUCAUGUAAAUGGCACAGUAAAUGGUAUACCACAGCAUGUAUGUAUGUAUGUACUGUGUGGCCGUUGGUCCUACCAUGUACAGGUAUGUGGUGCGUAGAGCAGUGCCAACAGUUUAUAUCACACUGCUGCUGGCGAUGAUGUACAUGGCAUAUAGUGUACAGCAAAGAGUAUAUCAUGGUAAGCACAGGGCAGACGAGACUGCACUUGGUGAUACAGCGUACCACACGUAGCGUACCACGGUGUGGAGAACACAGGAUUUACUGUACUGCAGCUGGUGAGGGUGCGUAUGGAGUGGAGUGUACAGCAAACUGUACAUCACAGUGUUUACAGCUCUAUACAGUAUUAUAGGGUGUGACACAGUGUGUGUGCGGUAUAGAGUGUAGAGCAGACGAUAUAUAGUACAGUAUGUACAGUAUACUCUAUAAUACAGGUGGGGACACUGUGUAUGGUAUAUAAUGUACAGUAAACAAUAUAUAGUACAUUAUGUACAGUGUAGGCUAAAAUACAGUGCAUAUAGUGUACAGCAAAUGAUAUAUAGUACAGUAUGUACAUUUUAUGCCAUAUUACAGGUGGUGACACAGUGUAAAUAGUGUACAACAAAUGAUAUAUAGUACAUUAUGUGCAGUAUAGACUAUAAUACAGGUGGUGACACAGUGUGUAUGGUAUAUGAUGUACAGUAAACAAUAUAUAGUACAAUAAAUGAUAUAUAGUACAGUAUGUACAGUAUAUGCCCCAUUACAGGUGGUGACACAGUGUGUGUAUGUGGUACUGUAUGUAGUGUACAGCUCACCCUAUAUCGUAGUUGGUGACGCAGUGUACUCGAUGUCUAAAUGACAUUCUAUAAUAUGUAGAGUGUGGCGUACAGCAGAGCUCAAGUCGGGUGUCUUCAUUGCAGGGCGCACUUCAUUUCAGUUGGUGAUGCGGUGUUUUGUGUGCAGGACUGACGACCCUUGAGUUGGCUACACAGGGCAGCGAGGGUGUGUGGUGGGCAAGUGGGCCGAUGAUGCGUCUCAUGGCCGUUCCCUCCGUAGUCUGCCAGGCUUACUGGAGAGGAGGUCGCUGUGCCCAGAGCUCUUCAGGCUCCCCGCAGGGCUGAGCACACACGCAGGCAGUCUGCCAGAUGUCACCUUUAUGUCAUCGUCACCGGGGCUAACUAACUGCAGUAAGUGCGGUGGUCUGUUCCUGUUGCCCGGUGACUGACGUACAGGACGUCGCACACAGUGUGUGUUGUGACACCCCCCGUGUGUAAUUUGGUAGGGCGUUGAUCACAUCCAGUAAAGGGCGCAGAGUGAGGUCUGCCGGACUGUGCCACGUGGUGCCCAGUCUUGUACGUGUCGUGCGGGUGAUGCCGCUGUAUGCACUACUGUAUACUGUCUACUGUAUUUAUAUUUAGGAGGGUGAGAGCAGCUAGAGAGCCAACCACUGGAACUUGUCACUGUUGUCAUUGUCAUUAAUGUGACAUUUUUGUUUUUAAUUUUUUUUUUAAAUGCUGAUAAGCUAACUUGUAUUUGAUUUCAGGCUGGUUGAAAAGCAAAAUCCAAACGAUUCUAAUUUUAAAUCUGAAGUUUCUGCAUGACUUCUUUUUUUUUUUUACCUAAUUUUAAACCUUCUAUGUUAAAAUAUGUAAAUAAAUAAAUUAAAAUGUCAAAUGUUACAAAAAUUCUCUAUGUGUAAAGGAAGUCCAGCUGAAUGUAAUGACAUCUCUGCUGCUUGUCUGCCACAAUUUCACAUUGGCUGAGGUGACGCCAUCUUUCAAGAGCGCAGGAGGAGGUCCCACCAGGUGGCACCAUGUCAUGAAUGGCCGCUGAGAGCCCACUGUCUGACUCUUGGCAUUGACAUUUGUCACCUUUUGGGCCAGUGAAGGCCCUGCACAGAGGGUCGGCAUGCUGAAACCAUCAAGCACCCUGGCACACGUGGCACAGGGGGCCUCCCUCUCGGUUCAGGUCUCUUCCACAGCAUGAGGAGCAGCAACUGGAAAGACUGGGAAUGUUUGAAAAGUAGGAGGUGAGCCGCGCGCUGCGGACAGAAGUUUGGAUCGGUGGCCUUGACACCACGAUACUGGGACACCGGGACAGGCAGGGACGCUCCUCGAAAUCUGGAUGGGUGUUUAUGUGAGGGUGUGUGCGUCACGCAAGGGGUCUAAGAUUUAGGAGCUCAUCAGGAUUGUGCCAUUGCACAGGGCACCGCUGCCAAACACCUCAUCUCCUUGGACUUCCAGGGUCUUCACACCGCUCCGCACGCUACACAGGGGGCGCCCACUCAGUGUUUAGGGAGAUUUUAAGACUAAGCCUUGUCUGAUGAAAGCGUCAGAAAUGAAGCAAACGCUAGUGUGUGCUGUUGUUGUACAGUGUCACCAUUGGUGACGUCCAAGUGGCUGUGUCUAUGCCAAUAAAGUGACUUUGUCCAUCUUA